GUUACAGUUCCUGGUGGCUCUGCUGGUCAGAAACUGGUGCGCACAGACAAACUUGAGGUUUGCAGAGAAUUCCAGCGUGGAAACUGCACCCGAGGUGAAAAUGACUGCCGCUAUGCGCACCCAAUAGAUAUUGCCAUGAUCGACACCAACGAGAACACUGUAACAGUUUGCAUGGAUUACAUCAAAGGCAGAUGCUCUAGGGAGAAAUGCAAGUACUUUCACCCCCCUGCACACCUGCAAGCCAAAAUAAAGGCAGCUCAGCACCAGGUGAACCAAACAGCCGCAGCUGCUAUGGCACUGCAGCCUGGAGCACUUCAACCUUUACCAAAGAGGCCAGCACUUGAAAAAAGCAAUGGGGCCACCACGGUGUUUUAACCCCAGUGUUUUCCACUACCAACAGGCUCUAGCAAAUAUGCAGUUACAGCAACCUGCAUUUAUCCCCACAGUACCCAUGAUGCACGGUGCUACGCCCACCACUGUGUCUGCAGCAACAACACCUGCCACCAGCGUGCCCUUCGCUGCAACAGCUACAGCCAAUCAGAUGUCCCUAUUUUCACUAGAUGAACUGAAUAACAGCAUGUAUGUAUCACAGAUGUUACCAGUAGAACAGUAAGUUUGUU